GCCUUAAUCUUCCCAUAAAUUUUUUCUAAGAAUUGCUUUGUUUGCUGGCUAAGGGAAAAGCGAGAACUGACAAGCAAACCGAGACAAGUACCAGUUUCCUGAUGGGAGGAAACUAGCGGUUUCCCAGACGUAAGCGUGAAUAAACCUUUGAAUAACAAGUUUUCGCCAACAGAAAGCCAAGUGGAACAAGAUAUUGAGACGAAAGGUUGAAUAAUGUUUGGAGAUUGUUUUCCUUGUCUGGCUGCGACAAGUAUCGGAAGCAAUGUACGAGGUAGUGUUCACACAAUAGCCGAUAAAUCAAUGGCGUUGUGGGAUAAAGUUCGGAAGCGAUUGGGAAAUUCGGAGAACUCGGCUGGAUGCAGUUGUGGUCGAGAAUACCCAAAUAGUGAAAGUGUUUUUUACGAAGAUUACUUCACGAGAUUCUCCUUGCUCCUGUUAGAGCCUGGAGAGAUCUACUUUGAAGAUUUUAGUGUUUUUCAUUACCCAAAUCAAUUUUCUGAAGAGGAGGCAAUAAAAAGGAAACAAAGAGGAAGAUUAAAGAUAUGUUCCAAGUCUAUUCUUUUUGAUCCCAUAGAUACAUCUUACCCAAUUUUAAAGUUUCCUCUCAGAGAAUGUAAUGCAAUAACUCAUUGGUCUGGAUCUCUCAUGUCAAGAAUUGAUACCAAAGGAGAUGUUCUGGCAAUUGAGUCCAAGCAGGUCAUAGAAAUGAAGGAAGGCAACACAAUAGCACCUUAUACAUUUAGAAGAGAAAAAGCCAAGUAUUUAUUUUCGUUCAAUUUUGUAGCUUUAAAUUUUGUAUUACCCCAGUUAGAACAGCUUCACAGAGCAACUACUCUCAUGCCAGCUGAUCAACAAGCUAUGAUCAAUUCAAUUGUUCAAUCAAGACAGGCAAGAGUUAGUUUUAACACAAGUUGGUUAGAAGAUUUACAUGAGAAAAUUGUGAUGGAAACAAUGGCAAAACGAAUCACCCCUCUUGUUUGCAACCCAGGCCGCAUCAUGUUAACUUCUUCCAGACUAUACUUUCAGCCAUUUAACAAUGCUGACCCAUGCCCAGUUGUGAAAUGCAAAUUAUCUAAAAUCUGUAGAGUUGUCAAACGGAGAUAUCUUCUCAGGCAUGUGGGGGUUGAGGUGUUUUCAGCAGAUGGUUCUCAUAUGUAUCUGAUAUUCAACUCUCCAACAGAGAGGGAUUUGUUUUAUGACAAAAUUAUUCAGCAACCAGAAGUUGAAUUAGAAGACACGAGACAGGAGAACAUGACGUUAAGAUGGCAGAAUGGAGCGAUCUCAAAUUUUGAAUAUUUAAUGUACCUAAAUAGUUUAGCAGAUAGAAGUUUCAAUGAUCUCACACAAUAUCCAGUAUUUCCUUGGGUUAUAUCAGACUACAAGAGUGCAGAGCUUGAUUUAGAGAAGGGAGAAACAUUCCGAGAAUUAUCCAAACCAAUAGGAGCUCUGAAUGAAACAAGAUUAGCUCAACUAAAGGAGCGAUGCAAAGAGAUGCCUGAUCCAAAGUUCUUGUACGGAUCUCAUUACUCCACCCCUGGAUAUGUGUUGUACUAUCUUGUUAGAGUUGCUCCCGAAUUUAUGCUCUGCCUACAGGGAGGAAAAUUUGAUCAACCAGACAGAUUAUUUAACAGUAUUGCUGAAACGUGGGAGAAUGUUUUGACGGGACAUGCAGAUGUCAAAGAGUUGAUUCCAGAAUUUUUCCAUUCAUCUGGCGAAUUUUUGUUAAACAGUCAAAGUUUGCCAUUGGGCUGCAAACAGGACAAGACAAAAGUCAUGGAUGUUGAGCUUCCAGCCUGGGCCAAAGAUCCGGGGGAUUUCAUUCGGAAGAAUCGUGAGGCUCUUGAGUGCCCGUAUGUCUCCGAAAAACUUCACAACUGGAUCGACUUGAUAUUUGGAUAUAAACAAAGAGGACAUGAUGCGUGGCAAGCAGACAAUGUGUUUUACUAUUUGACGUACGAGGGAGCUGUUGACUUAGAAAAGAUCGAGGAUCCAAACGAGCGGGCGUCUUUAGAAGCUCAGAUCCUGGAAUUUGGACAGACUCCCAAACAGCUGUUUACAAGUCCUCAUCCACAGAAACUGGUGACUGGAGCCAGUCCUAGCCCCAGUACAGACCCGACACCCAUCAGUAGCAGUGUGUUGAAUGGAGAGAAUCCUAGCGAACCAGACUCUAAAAGUCCUGGCAGUGUGCCAGUAAUUAAAGUUAAUGUUGACUUUGAUGAAAUGUUCAGCAAUAAUCAUUCACAGUGGACUAACAUGGAGAAACUUCAGCAGGCAACGUGCCACAAAUUACACAAAGAGGAAUCUUCAUCUUGUUCUGUGAAUGUCAAUAUAACCAACAGUCAACUCACGCAACACAGAAGCACGGUUACAUCAGUGAGACUAUCAAAGGACUGUAAAAAUGUCUUUUCUGUUUCUCAAGAUACACAACUGAAGAUGUACUCAUUAGAAACCAAACAGCAAGUUCGUGGAAUCAAUCUAUCGUCAAUGGCGCUUUCGUCUUGUGCCAUUAUGCCGGACUCAAAAACGAUCAUAGUUGGAUCGUGGGAUAACAAAAUCUACAUUUACUCUGUUGAAUAUGGAAGAGUUGUGGACACCAAAGCGGGACAUGACGAUGCAAUUUCAUGUUUGUGCUGGAAUGAUGGUAUCUUGGUGACUGCUUCGUGGGAUUCUACAGUCAAGGUGUGGAAGUUCUUUCCAGAACCGGAUGGCAAGAAACCCUCGCCGCCUGAAAUUUUGGCUGAGCUCGAACAUGACACUGAGGUGAACUCUGUAGAUCUUGAUCCUACAAACACUCUUGUAGUAACAGGCACCAUGGAUGGAACAGUAAUGCUUUGGAACAUUGAUCAACAAGCGGCCAUCAGUCAUCACCCAAUUCAUAAGGAGACUGUGCAUUCAGUUCUUUUCAGCCCGGACGGACAGCGGAUUCUGUCGUGCGGCGCUGACCAUUUCAUGAGAGUGGUGGACGUCCAUACAGGGACAGAGGUGUAUUCCAAAGAUGUGGGCGAGGAAAUCAGAUGUGCUGUGUGGGAUGGUCAGAUGGUACUCGCUGGUGGUGAGUCUGGCUACCUCCAGAUCUGGGAUCUGAUAAAUGUGCAGGAAGUCAGCAGAAUCACAGCUCAUGAAGGAGCCAUUCGAUGCAUAGAUGUAUCAAGUGAUGGCUGUACUGUAGUCACCGGUGGAGAGGACGGUCAAGUUAUAAUGUGGAAACUUCACGUUUGAUUAAGAUAAUCCGUCGCCUUCAGUACCCAUCAUACUGCCGGCCGACAAGAUUUCAUUUGCCAAAAUGGUACAAGCAGUGCCUCGUGUUCCCCUUCCCAUCAUGCCCUUGUUCUUAACCGCAACCCCCGAAUCGUGCGCGUUAUGAAAAAGACUGGGAACGAGUUAACUCGUGGAACAAUCAGAGUUACGAAAACAAUCUAAAGAGCGCCUUCGAACAGAGUCUUGUGCGAAUGAUCUGGAAUCCUGGCUGGUUAAUUAGUAAUUAAGUUUCAGUCCGUCUUUUGCUGAAAAAUUUAGAGAUCAUUUGACAUAAUUUUCUUUUUUAUUUUGUUUUCGUCGUUGUAAAAUAGAGACGAUUUGUGGACUAGCGAUCAACUUGACCGCAGCCGCAAACUGUUCGCAAAAGCUACUCACAUAUGCUAAGGGACAUUUCGCCCCUUAAAAAAAAUAUAUGUAUACUAGCGACAUCUUAAUGAAAACUAUGAAAUGGUGUCGUAGGCUGAAGUGCCUCCCGAUUUGUAUUGUAAAUGUAUUAAGUGAUAUAGUUUUAACAUUUUGUUACAUGCUAUGUCUACGUCCCAUAGGGAAACAACGUUUUAGAUGAAAAAGAUAGUUUACUAAUAUUUAUUUGGGGAAGUUUGCUCACACGACGAAUUCAUAGAAUUUAUGAAUAAUCUACUCGACCUUCCUUUUGAUCCAGGGUGGUAACGGGCGUGUAUGCUUAUCUUCCCACCUGUUCCCCUUAUGCCCCACCGACUCUUUGUCUUCCUCUCCCCUCCCUUCUACUGAAUCCCCUCACUUCAGGAUGUAGGCCGAGCCAAUGAACAUCAGGGGCUGUCAGUCUUUUAGGCUAUGCAUUAUCCGUAAUUUGUAAUUAGAGAAAGUUCAACUCAGCUAAUAGAGUCGUUUUUCUUUUGCCA